UCAACAGCCGAGCAGAGCAAUCUUCUUCUUCUUCGAUCUCUCGGCGAUGGCCAAGAUCCAGCCCCUCCCCGCGGCCCCAUCGCCGCCGUCCUCCGGUGAUCACCGCCAGGGCCAGCAGGCGUACACGGUGUGGAUGAAGUCGCUGGUGUUCAACGGCAACGGCUGCGCGGUGUACGGCCCCGACGGCGCCGUCGCCUUCCGCGUCGACAACUACGGCUGCAGGGGCGGCCGCGAGGUCUUCUUCAUGGACCGUCAGGGGAACGCCCUCAUCAGGAUCAGGCGCAAGGGCUUCGGCAUGUUCAGGAGGUGGGAGGUCUGCCGGUGCGAGGACGAGGAUGCGACGCCGUGGUUCACCGUGCGCCGAGCUGGCAAGGGCGGGGCCGCCGUUGCGAUGCACGGCGGCGCGGGGACAUGCUACAAGAUCGACGGGUGCUCUGCCAGCAAGACGGAGUACAAAGUCCGCGGCGUGGACGGCGCGGCCGUGGCGGAGGUGGCGCGGAAGCAGACGGCGGCCGGGGUGGUGCUGGGAGAGGACGUGCUGACGCUGACGGUGGCGCCGGAAAUGGAUCACCUGCUCGUCCUGGGUUUGGUCGUCGUGCGUGGCCUCAUCAACCGCUCCUUGUGACCCUCUUCUUCUAGCUCAGGAACGCCGUAGAUGGUGAGAGUAGGAACGCCGUAGGUGGUUCAUGUGACCAUUUUUUUCCUGACGAACAAUUCAGGAAGUUUUUGCCCAUGCCGAUUGGCAUGGUGAUUCUUUUUGUUGUAUGACUUUUUUUUCCCUUUCUGAAAGGGUUUUU